GUGUUACUCAGCCUUAAACUCUGUUUUUGCAAAGAAUUUGAGCUACUCCUACAUUCUUUUUGCUCUGAACAAUCAAUCUAGAAUUAAGAACAAACAAAAUACUAUAUAUGAUUGUAGUCCAUUAAAGUUGUAGCUUGUAAAAACAACCUUCUGAAGACGUGACAACCAGGCUGUACUUCCAUUUCAAAAGGCUGAAGUCCAUUUUGGUGACGAUCUACAUCUGCAUCCAACAACAUUGCAUAUUGACGAAAGAACUUCAAGCGCUACAACUGACAUAUACGAGUUCAACUAAAUGGAAAGUUCCAGUCACCGCACAAAUCGCAGAAGACAUAAAGAAAAUUAUAUUACGGGGAAGCAUGCAACAAUACAGACAGUAAUUAAUGAAUUGGGUUCCAAUCAAUAUCUUGACAAAUUUGGCUCCAUUCCUGCAUACCCACAGCCUGUGGAGUUCCACGUUACUAAAGUCAAACAUGUCACUGGUAAUACAGGAGUGUAUGGAAUCAUGGAAAAAGGAGGAUUUCUCCCAGGCCAGGACAAACGUGGUUUGUCCUGGUGGAGCCUUGAAGUGGAAGAUGAUGACAUCACGGCUGCUGAGGAGCGCUUCCUUCAGUCACUCUUCCCUAACAGAACAGAAGCCCAGGCUGAGAAGCAGAAGCCGUUCCUGAAAGAGUUCACCACGUCUCCCGCCUUCCUGAAGUCAUCCCGCUACGGAAACUUCAAGUUCACCUUCGGCUUGAAGGAACUCCUGCAUGAGUACAGCAGACAGAUGUGUAAUGGGGAGAAGCCCAUUCUCAGGGUGUAUGAAACACUGUUUUACAAGCAGGAGAUUGUGCAUUCUGUCAUUGCACACAGUCCUGACACCCAUGAUUUUGAUCAAUUCCAAAUUUUCCAAGAUGGUGGAAGGGCUUUUGAGGAUGGGAUUAUAGUCUGGCGCCCAGAGGCAAUGAGUGAGACCCACCGCUAUGAGCUGAUUACAAAAAAGGAAGAAAAUACAGUUGAGGCCAUGAAUGUUUGGCAUCCACAGUUUUAUGUGUGGGACCAUUUGACCCUGGCAUUUCACUGUAAUCCAAGGAGACUACUGCAUUUUGGAAAAGAAAAGCUGGCUGAUAGCCUUAGUGCUUGUGAAAUAGGAAAACCUGCAUUGGCUGCAAUAUGUUCACAAGCUGAUCAAAUAGUAGCUCAAAUCAAGCGAAAGUAUGAAACAGAUAAAAACAUGUCAGCUGUAAACAACUGAAGGAAAUGAAAAAAGUAUGUAUUACGUAAAAAAAUGAUCGUAUCUCUCAAUCAUGGUACGAUGUUACAGGGGUGCCGGCAUGGCCGGGGAGUGGGGGUGUGGGUGUUGACUUCCAAGCAGAUAUGAAACCAUCACACUAUGACACUGCGCAAUGUAAAAUAUGUAAUUUGGACUUCUUUUAGGGUGCAGCUAUAGUUCCGAACCUGUAGUAAAUGUGACACUUGGGCAUAUUGUUGAAAAUGUAUUUUGCCAUAAUUCCAUCUGCUCGUAUCUUCUUUUAAAUUAAGAAAUGAAAUGAGAACCUAAGAGAAAUGAUACAAAGCCUUUAAGCUUUUGAAUCUUAAAGACAGUUGACAAUAUUCUCAAGAGGUGAAAUAUAGGCUGUGAUGCAGUUUUGAAAUAAGAUAAGAAAAACUUUUUCCAGGACAUGACCAUAGGCAUAUCACAUAAUGAUGUGAGAAAAUAGCAGAAUAACGUACCGAGUGCAAAUGUAAAUACAUUCUUUAUUAA